ACCCCCACCGCCUUCCUCCCGAGUGCACGAGGAGCGCGGGCGACCCCGGGGCCCCGCCAGGCCACAGACCCCGCCCAGCGGCCAGCACCCGGAGCAGGCCCGGCAGCGGAGCUGCGCGUCGGCACCAUGCAGGUCACCCUGAAGACCCUCCAGCAGCAGACCUUCAAGAUUGACAUCGACCCAGAGGAGACGGUGAAAGCACUGAAAGAGAAGAUUGAAUCUGAAAAGGGGAAAGAUGCCUUUCCCGUAGCAGGUCAAAAAUUAAUUUAUGCAGGCAAAAUCCUCAAUGAUGAUACUGCUCUAAAAGAAUAUAAAAUUGAUGAGAAAAACUUUGUGGUGGUUAUGGUGACAAAACCCAAAGCAGUGACAACACCAGCACCAACAACAACUCAGCAAUCAAAUGCUGCCACCACUACCACAGUUAGUUCCUCCACGGCACCAGCUGCGGCUCAGGCCCCAGCCCCCACCCCUGCUUUGGCUCCCACUCCCACACCUGCAUCUGUCACUCCAGCAUCAACAACAGCAUCUUCUGAACCUGCACCUGCUAGUGCAACAAAACAAGAGAACCCUCCAGAAAAGCCAGCAGAAGCACCAGUGGCUACUAGCCCAACAUCAACUGACAGUACAUCAGGAGAUUCUUCUCGGUCAAACCUUUUUGAAGAUGCAACAAGUGCGCUUGUGACAGGUCAGUCUUACGAGAAUAUGGUGACUGAGAUCAUGUCAAUGGGCUAUGAACGAGAGCAAGUCAUCGCAGCCCUGAGAGCCAGUUUCAACAACCCUGACAGAGCAGUGGAGUACCUUUUAAUGGGAAUCCCUGGAGACAGAGAAAGUCAGGCUGUGGUUGACCCCCCUCCAGCAGCCACUACUGGGGCUCCUCAGUCUUCAGUGGCUGCAGCUGCAGCAACUACGACAGCAACAACUACAACAACAAGUUCUGGAGGACAUCCCCUUGAAUUUUUACGGAAUCAGCCUCAGUUUCAACAGAUGAGACAAAUUAUUCAACAGAAUCCUUCCCUGCUUCCAGCCUUGCUACAACAGAUAGGUCGAGAAAAUCCUCAAUUACUGCAGCAAAUUAGCCAACACCAGGAGCAUUUUAUUCAGAUGUUAAAUGAACCAGUUCAAGAAGCUGGUGGUCAAGGAGGAGGGGGUGGAGGUGGCAGUGGAGGAAUUGCAGAAGCUGGAAGUGGUCAUAUGAACUACAUUCAAGUAACGCCUCAGGAAAAAGAAGCUAUAGAAAGGUUAAAGGCAUUAGGAUUUCCUGAAGGACUUGUGAUACAAGCUUACUUUGCUUGUGAGAAGAAUGAGAAUUUGGCUGCCAAUUUUCUUCUACAGCAAAACUUUGAUGAAGAUUGAAAGGGACUUUUUUGUGUUGUUGUUUUUUUUUUUUUUUUUUUUAAUCUCACACUUCACACCAGUGCAUUACACUAACUUGUUCACUGGAUUGUCUGGGAUGACUUGGGCUCAUAUCCAUACUACUUGGUAUAAGAUAGAUUGUUGGGGGUGGGGAGGGAGGGAUCUAGGAUAUAGGGCAGGGAUCAAUACCGUGCAUGUCUGCUUCAAUUAGCAGAUGCUGCAAAUCCACAGUGUGUAAAAUAUUAUACAACCAAAAAUCAGCUUUUGCAGGUCUUUGUUUCUUGUAUAAAACAGUAGAUAACUUCCUAGGUUUCACUCUUUUUAGUGUACUAGAUCCAGAAAUUUAGUGUAAUGCCCUGCUUUGUAUCUCUUUGAGUUAACAUUGGUUUCAGAAAGAAUCUUUGCUACCUAGAAUCUACAGUCUCUCUUUCAUGGCAACACUGGAUAAUGGCUUUGUGAAAUUGAAAACAAUUUUGAAACAACUAUAAACAGAAAUGCCAAAUUAUUGAUGGUUAUUGUUGCUGCUUCAAAUAAGUAUAAAAUUAAUGUCAAGAAAGCCUAUUCUUUCCUGUUAAAUACUUGGGGUGGGGAAAGGGAGAAGGGGACCCUUUUCUUAAAAUGAAAAUAAUUACUGCUAUUUUAAAAUCUCUUGAUCAUUGAAUGUGAGACCCUUCUAACAUGAUUUGAGAAGCUGUACAAGUAUAGGCAGAGUUAUUUUCCUGUUUACAUUUUUUUGGUUUGUUUUGGGGGGAAAUUGGUAGGUGUCUAAUUACUGUUUACUUCAUUGUUAUAUUGCAGUAAAAGUUUUAAAACCAUCAUUGCAUGUUUGCUUUUGAUGUAUCCCUUUGUGAAAGUAGCACCUUGGGGCCAAUGGAGAAAUGCAGCAUUCACUCUCCCUCUCUUCCCUUCCCUCAGCAGAAAUGUGUUUGUCAGCAAGUCGUGACUUCAAACUGCUGCCUUUUUUAAAACCUACAAAAUGCUGAUUCAGUUCAAAUUUAAUGCAAAUGUUUCGAAACUGGGUUUCUAAUAUUUGUAAAUGUUUUUCCUUAUUAGAUAAGAAUGUAUGACCAUUAAAGUCAUUAGGAGUCUACUGCUUUCCAAAAGAGAAGGUGGACAGAACUAUAAUCCAGCAUCUUUUAUUGCAUUGGAAAUACUGGUGAAGUCUUUUGGAAGGGUUGGGAGAUGUGGCUGGGAAAAUACUUUGGAAAAUAUACAAUCAAGAUAUCUCAUGGCAUAUUAAAAAAAAUCUUAAUAGCA